CUCUAUUCACUCUGCACUGUACCCUCUGGCACUUUAACCCAGGCCUGUUUGUUUAUUCAUCCGGAUAUAUGUACAGAUAUUUCUUUUUCUUUAACCGUAUUUAGUUUUGCAGCUCAAGCACGUUUAUUGAUGACACAGCGAUCGUCUUGAAGUGAAGUUUGGCAUGACAACAUGAAUUCACCUUACGCAGCUGUGCAGUAUUACCCAGAGUUCCCCUUUCAUCGAAUCAGGGACCCGGCAUCCCGCUUGUCCUGGAGAGAGAACCCAUUCCUCACUGGCAUGAGCCAGAGUCAGUCAUCGCAGACCACUGACUUCUUCAGCCAAGAUGUAGUCAAUCAGUUGUUUGAUAUGCUGGACCAAUCUGCCAUUCAUUCAGUCCAGCCCAUCGAGCUGAACUUCACAGACAGUCCGACUGACGGCUCUGCAGGAAACACCAUUCAGAUCAGUAUGGACUGCAUAACCAUGCGUGAGCCUGAGGAGGUAGCUUCAUCGCAGUACACGAACCUGGGGCUCCUGAACAGCAUGGAUCAGAACAUCCAGAACAGCGGCUCCACCUCCACCAGCCCCUACAACAACGACCACGCGCAGAACAGCGUGACGGCGCCCUCGCCCUACGCCCAGCCCAGCUCCACCUUCGACGCCCUGUCCCCCUCCCCGGCCAUCCCCUCCAACACAGACUACGCGGGGCCGCACACCUUCGACGUUUCCUUCCAGCAGUCCAGCACGGCCAAGUCCGCCACCUGGACGUAUUCAACAGAUCUGAAGAAGCUGUACUGCCAGAUUGCCAAGACGUGUCCCAUCCAGAUCAAGGUGCUGACCACCCCCCCCGGGGGCGCCGUGAUCCGGGCCAUGCCCGUCUACAAGAAAGCCGAGCACGUGACCGAGGUGGUGAAGCGCUGCCCCAACCACGAGCUCAGCCGCGAGUUCAACGACGGUCAGAUCGCUCCCCCGAGCCACCUGAUCCGCGUGGAGGGGAACAGCCACGCCCAGUACGUGGAGGACUCCAUCACCGGGAGACAGAGCGUGCUGGUCCCGUACGAGCCCCCCCAGGUGGGGACAGAGUUUACCACCAUCCUCUACAACUUCAUGUGCAACUCGAGCUGCGUGGGUGGAAUGAACAGACGCCCGAUCCUCAUCAUCGUCACUCUGGAAACCAGAGAUGGACAGGUCCUAGGACGCCGCUGCUUCGAGGCCCGGAUCUGCGCCUGCCCGGGACGGGACCGCAAGGCGGACGAGGACAGCAUCCGCAAGCAGCACGUAACAGACGCCACAAAGAGCAGUGACGGUACGAAGCGCCCUUUCCGCCAAGUUUCCCACGGCAUACAGAUGUCGGCCAUCAAGAAGAGGAGAUCCACAGACGAGGAGGUGUUUUGUUUGCCUAUCAAAGGCCGUGAAAUUUACGAGAUCCUGGUCAAAAUCAAAGAGUCCCUGGAGCUCAUGCAGUUCCUGCCGCAGCACACAAUAGAGUCGUACCGACAGCAGCAGCAGAACCUGCUUCAGAAACAGACCUCCAUGCAGUCUCAGCCCUCCUUCGGCUCCAGCUCCCCCACCCAUGGAAAGAUGAACAAGCUGCCCUCCGUCAGCCAGCUCAUCAACCCCCAGCAGCGCAACACGCUCACCCCAUCAGGCAUGGGAGGAGGCCUCACUGACAUGACUCCCAUGAUGGGCACUCACAUCCCCAUGAAUGCCGACAUGAGUUCACUGAGCCCCACACACGCACUGCAGCCACAGCUGCCCCUGGUGCCCUCCUCCCACUGUACCCCCCCUCCUCCAUACCCCAUGGACAGCAGCAUCUCCAGCUUCCUCAUUCGGCUGGGCUGCGCAGGCUGCCUGGAUUACUUCACAGCACAAGGUCUAACCAGCAUCUACCAGAUUGAGAACUAUAACUUGGAGGACCUGUCCAGGCUGAAGAUCCCCGCGGAGUUCCAGCACCUCAUCUGGAAGGGCAUCAUGGAGCACCGACAGAGCAUGGACUUUUCCCCUCCUCCCCACAUAGUGCGCACCGCCAGCGGCGCGUCCACCGUCAGCCUGGGCUCCUCGGAGGCGCGCGGCGAGCGCGUCAUCGACGCCGUGCGCUUCACCCUCCGCCAGACCAUUUCCUUCCCGCCGCGGGACGACUGGUCCGACUUCUCCUUCGACCUGGAUUCCCGCCGCAACAAGCAGCAGCGCAUCAAGGAGGAGGGAGAGUGAGGACGAGCCCCGGGCCGCGCGCCCAAGUCCCCGACCAUCAUUUCACGCCCCCGUGCCCCGACCCCAACCUCAACCUCAACCUUUACCCCGACCCCAAUCCUCCCGAUGAAACAUUUCAUUUGAAAACCACGUUUUUUAUGGUGCAAAAAAAAAAAAAAGAAAAAGGAAAAAAAAAAAAAGCAUAUACACGUCGCUACGAUGCACUUAUUCUUCUCUUUUGUUUUAUUUGUACCGGUUGUUGCAGAGGAGAUGCUGUUGAGCGGAGGUGCAUUUUAUUACCUUGUAGUUUCUUAAGAGUAAGAGAGCACUUAAGAAAUGCGGAGUAUUUCAAUGUUGCUUUGAGAUUGUGAUUUUUUCAGGGUGAAUAACUCAUUCCCGAGUACCGGUUACGAGCAUUAAGUGGAAAUGGUGUUGUUAAACCUCGUCACACGUCGGUCAAAUACACUGGAUUUUCUUUUUGUGGCACAAAAAAAUGAACGUUGAUUGUUUAACAUUUCUCUAAUUUCCUCUCAAAAGUAUUACGUUUCUGGAUAGGCUGGAUUUGUUUCUACUGAAGCUUAGAUAUGUUUUCUUUGUUUUUGUACGAGUGGUGAGGCCAAAGCAUUAUAAUACGGUACGGACAGAUUGUGAAGUAUGUGACCAUGUGAACAAGGGGCAGUUAUUUCAUGUAGCCAUAUAUAGGCAAAAAGUGCUCUUGAUGCAGUGUUUUACAGUUAGAUGAUACCAUGACUGAUGUUUUACUCGUUUAUUACUGUGGUUUUGACAUUUUCUUUUCAAUGCAGGCUUCUGUUCUUGCAGCUCAUGCCAAGCACAAGUAUUUUGGUUGUUUUAACUCAUGAACCAUGUUUUGGUAAAUAUUAAUUUCCUUUAAUAUCUAACAAAACACCGGAUGUAAAUGUAUAUAGAUCUGUAUAGUCUCCUUAAAGGAACUGCAUGACUCCCAUAAACCGUUCACAGGAGUGGAUAAAGUGUGUUUACCAGUUGUUAGCACAAAGCUGUGUUUCAUGUAGUGCGCAUUACUAGAGAGCAGAGAGCCACUGCAGAUUCAUAUUUUUGUACAAUGUAUGUAAAUAUGUGGCAAUUUAUCAAGGGUCAUUCAAUAUAAAUUUGAAAUAAAUAUCCAUUCUUGCUGUAUUGCAUGUC